CCUCGAAAUUGCGGCGUCCUUUCCCCGUUUCCUUCGACGCGUAGCGUAACCCAAAAAUCUACCAAAAGCCACCACCGGCGCAUCAACUCCGACGAAACCGGCAGCAGGUAUCCCGAUGGCCUACUAAGCCCCACGACGCUUCGGCGACCGGGACGACGACGCCGACGACGACGCCUCGUUCUCCUCCUCCUCCUCCUCUCCGUCUCCCCCUCCGACUACUUCUUCCCCCCACGAGGCUCUCCCAGCUUGCGCGCGCGCACGAUGGGAUCGCCCAUGUCGCGGCCGGCGACUGCGGAUGGGAGCGCGCGCGGAGGAGGGCUAGCCUUGGCUAUCGCGGACGAGCUCCCUCAAGAGGCCGUUGCCAAGCCUGCCUUGAUGAGUCAGGUCAUGGCCGGGAACAGCUCUAUGGUGGCAAAGAUGGAUGAGGUUUCCAGGGUAGCUGAUGAUCUGAUGUUCGCUGAAGAUCUGCAGCUGGAAGAGGUCAUCCGGUUCUCAGCUCACUCAGCUGGACCGAACUGCGCGGUGUGCGGGCAGGCGACCCCGUCGGUGGAUGCCUCAUGGAAGCCUGACAACUGCGACCAUGUCAUGUGCAUCACCUGCUUUGGCCAACUCGCCUCUGAUUCUCACGCCGACGAGCUGCCCAAGUGCCCACUGGCAUCUUGCCAAUCCUCGCCGGACAUCAUCAGUGUCUCGAAUGAAGAGACGGGUGGCGGCAAAGGGAAGGAGCUGGCGACAUAUGUCGUGCUUGAGGAGCACGGCGAAUGCUCCCGUGGCGCGGCAGCCACGGCUAGCAGCAGUGCCAGCAGUGAGUUCUACUGCACCAUCUGCAUGGAGACGGUGGACGCCAUAGAGCGGUUCGCCAUCCCCGGGUGCACGCACGCCUUCUGCGCCAGCUGCGUGCGCCAGUACAUCGCCGCCAAGGUGGAGGAGAACGUGCUGUCCAUCGGCUGCCCCGACCCGGGGUGUAAGGACAGCGGCGGCGGCGCGCUGCACCCGGAGGCGUGCCGUGACGUGAUCCCGCCGCAGCUGUUUCAGAGGUGGGGCGACGCGCUCUGCGACUCGGCGCUGUCGUCGCUCAAGUUCUACUGCCCCUUCAGCGACUGCUCGGCGCUGCUGGUGGACGACCCAGGCGACGGCGAGGAGGCGAUCACGGACGCCGAGUGCCCGCACUGCAGCCGGAUGUUCUGCGCCCAGUGCAAGGUGCCGUGGCACGGCGGUGCCACCUGCGCCGAGUUCCAGAAGCUCGGCAAGGACGAGCGCGGCCGGGACGACCUGCUGCUGAGGAAGGUGGCGAAGGACAGCAAGUGGCAGAGGUGCCCCAAGUGCAAGAUGUACGUGGAGAGAGUCGAAGGCUGCGUGUUCAUCAUCUGCAGGUGUGGCCACUGCUUCUGCUACCUCUGUGCAUCGCCAAUGUCGAGGGACAACCACCAUUGCAAGAAGUGCAAGCGAACGUGGUGAAUGAUCUGAAGCUGCAGAACUCUGAUUGAGUCGAAGAAGUUACUUAAGUUUCGUACUGUUAAAAAUGGUCAAUUACUAUCAUUAACCUAGUUUCUACUUAUUAGCCCGUGCCGUACUUAGCAUUAAUUAGCUCGUAUAUUACCACUCUGAUGUCAUUUGUCAAUCAAUAUCAGUAGUAUUACUCCAAUAUAAAUAUCAGCUCGUUGCAAUGUCUAUUAUGUCAAGAAAUGAAGAAGCUGACGGGUUUCUUGGGCAAGCAAAGCACACCGUGCAUAUGACCAAAAGGAAAUUCCAUGGGGAAACACAAGUACGGUCUUGUCUAUCUUCUAGUUUUAUGUAUCUUUCGGUCAACACAAGUACGGUCUUGCCUGGUAAGUUAGCACCUGGUAACCUGCAAUCAGUUUGUAGCUUCUUGCAUAUGACAUGGACACCAAACAUAUGUUUACA